CUUUCGCUAUAUGCGACGACGAUAUUCAAACCCCCAAAUGUAGCAACACUUAUGCUAUAAAAAGCAAACAAACAAGAGACCGUGUUGUCUGCACGCUGUAAAUAGCGAAAUGGCACUCUUCGGCACGCAGCUCGUCAUAACGCUGGUGAUGGUCAGUGUUAUACAGAAGCUUGGACCACAUUAUUCUCUAGCAAGGUGGCUUCUCUGCUCCACAGGGCUCAUUCGCUUCCUGUAUCCCACCGAUGACGAACUGCGGAGAGCUGCCGGAGUCCCUAAGGACAAACCCAAAUCUAAGAAGGGGGGCCGACAUGUGGAGAAUGGCAGAGCUGGUGACACAUUCCACGUUCCGAGGAAUCUGGAUAUUCAGCUAGAAACGGCAAAGGUGUCCUCAUUGGACGUCGUCCACCUGCGCUACUACAGUGAGUACCAGUGGUUUGUCGACUUCUCGCUGUAUGCUGCUAUUGUUUACAUCUUGACGGAGGUGUACAGUUACUACUUCCCCCUGAAGGAUGAAUUCAACCUGAGCAUGGUGUGGUGCACGCUAGCUGUUGGAUUUUCAUUAAAGUUGCUCCUGUCACUGACCGCACACUACUUCCGCGGCGAGGAGUCGGUCGGGGAGAGGUCGACGGUUUUGGUGACGGCGCUGAUCUACCUCCUGGUGGCGAUGGCGGUGCUGAUUGCGGACGAGCGCACGCUCGAGACGGGGCUGGACCGGGCGUAUGCCAGCUUCAACCGCAGCGCGUCGCAGUUCCUGCAGGACCAGCAGGGCCUCAAGUCCAGAGGGCCUGCUUCACAGCUGAUACUGAAGCUGUCGCUGGCCGUGUGGUGCGGCGUGGUGGGAGCGCUCUUCACCUUUCCGGGGCUCCGCAUGGCCCGUAUGCACUGGGACUCUCUCAGGUAUUCGGCAGAGAAUCGUGUUCUGCGCCUGCUGCUGAACACGAGCUUUGCACUGCCGCUGCUACUGGUGGUGCUGUGGAUCCGGCCUGUGAGCCGAGACUAUCUCACGGGUAGAGUCUUCACUGGCAUGACGGGCCCCUUCAUGACACCAGAACUUUUUGAGACAAUGAGGCUGUGGCUGGUAGUCUUCGCAAUUCUCUUGAGGAUAGUCUUGAUGCCCACGUACCUACAAGCAUACCUCAACAUGGCCUACCAUCGCCUGGAGGAGCAGAAGAAGGAAGCUGGCCGUAUCACCAACACUGAACUCCAGAAAAAGAUAGCGGCUGUGUUUUACUACAUGUGUGUGGUGACUAUCCAGUAUGUUGCUCCGAUCAUCAUGUGCCUCUUCCUCACGAUGAUGUACAAAACACUCGGAGGCUAUACGUGGACUGGGCAGGUGGCACCUGCUACUGGAUUUUCACCUCUGGACAACCCGAAGCCCUCUUCGCCUCUACAGGGACCGUCCGUGUCCGGCACUGAGGGUACCGAGUCCAUCAGGCAGUCCGCCCAGGAGUUUGCUCUCGCCCUCAACUCCCUCAAACAGGUGUUCACGACAGAGGUGUUCCGCGGACUGCUGGGCUUCAUGACCUGGUGGACGUGCUUCUCCUGGUUCUCUACAUCUUCACUCGGCAUGCUGUAUCAGUCCUACUUCAGAUCCACCUAGUACAUCGCCCGCGUACCGAACGAGUACGAAGAUUGUCACAAUGGGCGACUUUAGUGAAGAAGGCGUUCCGGCGGCGGGGCAGAUACGAGAAAUCUGUGUGGUGUGUUACCUCUGACUCAAAUGUAGGGCCUCAUUAGUAGCAACUCGUGCAGUCUCCCGGGCUGCUGACAGAAUGCAAACUGCUCGCUGGAAGAGCAAUGGUGUGCCAUCGAGGCUCAGAAUAUAGGCAGUACGAGUGACGUGCGCACAAGCGAAUGUGGACUUGGAGUACUGGUUGAGCUCGGUACUGCCACUCUAGUGUUGCACACUAAACCUUUUCUGUGUAGUACUCUCUUCAUUCAUUUUGUAGAUAAGGUUUUCUUUCCCCAGGCAAAGCUUGACGUAAUAUUGGGAAGAAAUAUUGAUAAAAUGUAAUUUAAAGGUGAUGUGUAAUGCCACAGCUUUCUACCUGUUUCUUUGUCACCCACUGCAGACUGCAAUCAAGCUCACAUAAUCUUGUACAUGGACAAGUAAAUUCCACAAAUUUAUUUCUAGAAUGCGCUCUUUUAUUCACAAGUGUGUCGAUCACAUUUGGCAAAUAUUAAAGUUAACAGUAUUAGGAAAAGGAUAGAUUGGUACUUCACCGUAAAAAUGACCCAUUGAGUUGCAGAUAGGUACAAUGAUAAGGCUGUUACAUUUUAUAGAUUUUGGCAAAAGCCUUCCUCAGCAAGAAUGAACACACAGACACACACAGUGUCAUACAAAUGAGCACACCUCAUGCACAGAUGACCACUACUGCUGGCAGCUCUGACACGAAUUCUGGUUUACUAAGACACACUCAGAAUAGCAAAGUCGAGCAACAAAAUAUUUAACACCAACUUGUCAGAAGUUCCGUUUGGAUCUGCCAGUGGUAGUGGUCAUGUGUGCAUGAAGUGUAUUGCUUGUGUGAAUGCAUGUGUUUCUUUGCCGAAGAAGGCUCUGGUCAAAAGUUGUGUGUGUAGUAAGUAGUCUUUUUACUAUGCCUGCCUGCAGCUCAACAAGUAAUCUUUACAAUUCGUAGAAAUCUAUGCUUUUCCUAAUAUUGUCGAUAUUCCGACUUGGAGUUUCCAUUGUUUGAUAUGUUAAAGUUAAUUGGUUUAGAUGCUAAUGAAUCAUCACAACUAAAAAAACCAGAGAAGACAGAAAUGCAAAAUUUGUAUUAAACUUAAACUAGUACAGAAACGUUGAGAAGUGGAUGCUAAAGACAGAAACAAAAAUCAACCCGGUAUAAUGUUAUGCAAGGAACGUGUGAAGUUAUUAUGAAGCACCCAUUGUGGACACUUGAAAUGAACUGUAGGUGUGAGCCAGUGUGGGUUACAUUUGUGAGAAGUACAAUGUAAUUAGGUAAUAUGUUUGUUUCAUUUUAUAUGAUUCGUAGUCCCAGUUUUGUCUAAAUUUUUCUCAGUAUCCUCUGUUGUCGUUGAUUAUAUUUCGAGCAAAUUGAAAGUGAUGAUGAUGUAUUUUUUAAACAUAAACAACUGUUUACAUUGCACUUCUCCCACAUGAAAGCCAAGCAUACUCGUGCCUUCUAGAAACAUAGCUAUUUCAGUUUUAAGGUACAACACUUGAUCAACCGUGGCAGUUAAUUUUAAAUGACUGCAGUGAAUGCUUCAUAAUCACUUGAUAUAUAUUGCCCCUGUGACACAAUACAGAGUAUCUUAUUAUCUUUCUCUGCAGUUUGCACUUUUUAAAUUUUUAUAGCAGUUUAUAUUUAAUGGUAAUCUUUCAUUUUUAUCUUUUCUAGUUUUUAGUUCUUAUGAUAACUCAUUAAUCAAAACCAGUUA